UUUUUCCCCCUGAGGGUGUAUCGCAAUCCGGCAGACACGCAAGUCUCCCCCUUUUGUGCUUAUGAGCAUCCGGAGGCAUUGUCACCAGUGCAGCGCUUCCUGAAUCCCGGCUGGACCUCGAUCUAUGGGGUAAUCCGCAAUCGCUUCCUUGAGAUCGAUCGUUCCGGAUACGACCAUCCACAAUAAUAUAAUGGGUGGCAAGCCUGAUGCCGGCCUGCGAGGCCUCAAUCACUAUCAGAGACAACUCCCGUCAUGGCGGUAUUGGCCCCGACAGAAGCUGCUGCCUCUGGUCCGGUUUGAGACGCCGUAUCUCGCCUGGGCGCAGGAGAAGGUGCGGACUCCGACUCUCGACUCCUACUUCGCCUUUACGGCCAAUUUGGGAACCCACACGUUCUUUAUGGUCUUCCUGCCGAUCUUGUUCUGGAGUGGAUACAAUAGCUUGGGCCGUGGAAUGGUCAAUCUGUUAGCAUCCGGUGUAUUCUUCAGUGGAUUCAUCAAAGACUUGCUAUGUCUUCCGCGCCCACUCUCUCCUCCGCUGCAGCGGAUCACGAUGUCCGGCUCUGCUGCUUUAGAAUACGGCUUUCCUUCGACGCACUCGACAAACGCCGUUUCGGUCGCCGUGUACGGACUCGCCCUACUCAAUUCGGAUGAAAACCCUCUGAGUCCCACCGUCAACUUGAUCCUCCAGGCCAUAACCUAUCUAUAUGUCUUUUCCAUUGUCCUUGGUCGCUUGUACUGCGGCAUGCAUGGAUUCUUCGACGUGAUUGUGGGUUCGUCGCUUGGCGCUCUCCUUGCUUUUGUCCAGUACACGUACGGUCCGAUUAUGGAAGAAUAUGCGAUCGCAGGGCGUAACAAAGAGGUUCUGGCAGUGGUGCUGAUCAUUCUGGUUCUCGUUCGCAUCCACCCCGAGCCUGCGGAUGACUGUCCUUGUUUCGACGAUAGCGUGGCCUUUGCGGGAGUUUUGCUGGGAGCGCAAGCAGCAUACUGGCACCUUGCACUUACCCAAGCCGAGUUCGCCGUCGCUCCGAUCCCGUAUCGCAUCGAGAACUUGGGACUAGUUAAAACCGUUCUGCGCCUGGUCAUCGGAGUGCUUCUACUCUUCGCUUGGAGAGCCAGUAUGAAACCUUUCCUUCUGCGGAUUCUUCCGCCGGUGUUCCGUGGCUUGGAAAAGCUUGGUCUUAUCCUUCCCCGGCGAUUCUUCACUAAGGCUUCCGAGUACACCAAAGUUCCUUCGCACCUUAAGGAUCACGAAGUCCUCCCCAGCUUCUCCGAUAUCCCCUCGAUCCUGAAGAACAUUCGCCACCCCAGAAGACGCGCCAUUUCGGUCGGUCCACAGUCCGAAGCCGAUGCCUACGAGACGCUGGCAUAUCGUGAGAAGCGCAGACGGGAGAGUCUGUCCAACGGCAAGAUGACGGCCCCCGUGCCGGAAGAGACGGAAAACGAUCACGACUCGUCUAGACUCGACGCAACACCGCGACUCUCGCGCAAACAGUCGAAACUACACGAAUACGAGAACAUGAUGGGGACGGGCAGCCCGCGCAUUGCGACCGGUGUCGACACCAACUCCCGCCUGUCGCCGGAGACGGAACCUUUCCCUGCCUUUGAACAAGAGCCCGUCGAGCCCGACGAGGACGAGGUUUUCUCGCAGAUCAAAAGACCCCGCGUGCGAUACGACGUGGAGGUGAUUACCAAGCUGGUUGUCUAUUCUGGAAUCGCAUGGAUUGCAAUGGAUUUGGCACCUCUUCUCUUUGAGCAUAUCGGCCUUGGCCCCAACUAAAUACUGGGCAGCCAGACCGAGUGAUUCCCUGGCUCUGGAGGUACACUUUGAUCUCCGGCUCAGCUAAUCAAGCUGUCCGCGCGAUCGCUGUAAGAUAUUUGACAUUCUUGUAUAUAUGAUUUUAACGGGCGGGAUUUUGAAGGCAGAUGUAUUAUGACCUGUAUUUGGAAGUCAACGUGCCUGACGAGACUAGAAAGUAUGAAUUUGAUGCAGAUCUACAG